AUGUACGAGGUCACGGCAAUAGUGGAUGUUUCGAAGCAAGCCGUGGAGCACUGUGCGCGAAAGUUCAACAUCUCCCGCACCUUCACAGACGUGCCGGAAAUGCUGGCAGCGUGCUCCGACGUGGAUAUGGUAUUGAUCUGUCAUUCCGACGAGUUCCACAGCGUACACGCAGUACAGUGUCUGAAAGCCGGCAAGCAUCUCUUUAUCGAAAAGCCGAUGGCUCAGACCUUGCGAGAAGCGGACGAUAUCGAGGCCGCACGCCUCGCUUCCGGCAGGUUGGUCUUUGUCGGCUACAUGAGACGAUAUGCGACCGCGUUCUUGAGGUUUAAGGAGGCCGUGGGCAAACUGGAUCCAGCCCAGAUCAACUAUGGUAGGGCACUAUUUUAG